ACCGAGUAUUCUUUAUCUGAGGCCAUCAUACAAUAUAAUCUGUGCUUUUCCCAUAGUUUUUGGUUUUGGAAUAAAUGCGCAAUGUUUGUUAUUUAUCAAAAUUUUGUUAUUUUUUGUCAUAACAAGCAUUAAGUAAAUAAAAGUAAUAAUUUGGUAUUGAAAACAUUACUUCAAAGUUUAAGAUAGUAAUAGAAUUAAAGUUUUCAGAAUCCUCUAAUCAAGAAUCAUGGGAUCGACAGGAAAUACCCACGAGACCAAACAUUCCAUACCUACAGAUAUUCUUGACGAUUUAUGCAGCCGUUUCAUAAUCAACUUGCCACCGGAGGAUAGAGGCAACCUUGUUCGGAUUUGUUUCCAAAUAGAACUGGCACAUUGGUUCUAUUUAGACUACUAUUGUACUGAUGAAACAAAACGACUCAACACAUGUGGUAUAAGGGAGUUUGCUGCACACAUUUUUCAGCAUGUGCCACAACUGCGAGAACAUGUCAGCAGUCUGGAUGCAGUUUUGGACAACUGGCGGGAGUACAAGCAGACAGUGCCUACGUAUGGCGCCAUCCUACUCGAUACAGAUUUGACCCACGUCCUAUUAGUGCAGUCCUAUUGGACUAAAGCCUCCUGGGGUUUCCCUAAAGGGAAGGUCAAUGAGGAUGAGGAACCUUGGAAAUGUGCCGCAAGGGAGGUGUUAGAAGAAACGGGCUUUGAUAUAAGUAAAUUGAUUAACAAGAAUGACUAUAUAGAAGCUAUAAUACAUGAUCAAAUUGUCCGCCUGUACAUAAUAGGUUAUAUACCAAGGGAUACAAAGUUCCAGCCUCGUACCAGAAAUGAAAUUAAGGCAUGUGAGUGGUUCCCAUUAGCAGAUCUGCCAUCAAAUAGGAAAGAUAUGACACCUAAAGUGAAAAUCGGUGUGGGACCCAAUGCUUUCUUUAUGGUUGUACCCUUCGUGAAACGUAUGAGGCGAUGGGUAGCAGAAAGAAGUACCAGAGUGUAUAAUAGCACGAGGAGAAUGAGACACAAGUCUAUGGGCGAAUUAGAAUCUGUUACGAACAAAAACAAACAGAAGAUCUCAUCGGGUUUACAAAAUGAGAUCCAAGAAUAUCAGAAUGAACAUAAAUUUAAGAAUAACGGUCACAGUAACCAAGGGAACAGCGUCCAAAGAAAUCAUGUCCAAGAAAAUCAUGCGGGCAAUGCAAGUGGCAGCAAACAUAACACAAGUAAUAACUACAGAAAGGAAAAGAAACAAGCUAAAAGGCAAUUAUUUACUCCUCAGAAUACUCAAACGAACAAUUUUUCGCCAGUUCAAAAAGACAAUACUUAUGAAAAUGACGAUAAUUCGUUGUUGAACUUUGUGGCGCCGUCUUGGGCAAACUUUAAGUUUGACAGGCGCGCCAUAUUGGAUUGUCUAACUUGAACGGUAUUAUUUAUCUUGGAUCUCUUGACUGAAGAUUUAGCACUCUUAUGUGAUAGACUCGUUGGCUUUACUUUUUACACAAAAAAUCCUUAAAUACUUAAACUUUUAUUUACUUUAUG